AUGGAGAAAAACGAAAUCAGAGCUGUCAUAAAGUACUUCUGUUUGAAAAAAAUGUCUACCAAAGACAUACACAGCGACCUAGUGGAAACAUUGGGGGACUCUGCUCCUCCAUAUUCCACAGUUGACUUGGAAACGAGCCUCUUCCCGACGCCGAAGAAAUUCAAGGUGUCAAGUUCGGCAGGAAAGGUUAUGGCGUCCGUUUUUUGGGACGCCGAAGGAAUUAUAAUGGUGGAAUACUUGGAAAAAGGAGCCACUAUUAUAGUCUCUUACUACGCAGACCAAAUAAGAAGAUUGCGGGAGGCCAUCAAACAAAAAAGACGAGGCAAACUCAGAGCUGGAGUGUUGUUUCACCAAGACAACGCACCGUCUCACAAAGCCGCCGUUGCGAUGGCUGCCAUUCAAGAAACGGGAUUCGAAUUGCUCGAACACCCACCCUAUUCGCCAGACCUGGCUCCCAGUGACUUUUACCUCUUUCCUCGGCUCAAGGAAUACCUCCGAGGCAAAAAAUUUGACGACGAUAGCGAGGUGAUGACUGCUGUAGAGGUGUUUUGCGAGGGUCAAGACAACGAAUUUUUUUCAAAGGGAAUUAUGGGUUUAGAAAAAAGAUGGACUAAAUGUAUUGACUCGCUAGGAGACUAUGUAGAGAAAUAA